AUGCAAAAAGUUAACCAUGACCUUUUGACGGAGAAUGCCAGACUCAAAAAGAGCUAUAGACUCUAUAAGGAGGCACUGGCAAAACAAGAGGCUGCAAAACCCCUCCAAGUUCGUAUAAAGGUGGAGCCAAAUUUUACUGCGUUGGUAUGCAUUUCUUUUGCGAUUCCAGCUGACGUUGAAUACAAGGUGAUUAUAAUAGAGUCAAAAGGUGGAGUUGUUGAAAACGCUUCGACCGUUUAUACAAGAGACAAGGUUUUGCUCAAGGACCUUGAACCACAGAAAAAGUAUCAUGUCACUGCACAUUGUACUGUGGAAGAUCAAAAGUUUAAUGGUCAGGCCUGGUUCGUGUAUGAUCAAUCCGAGUACACACUCAGGGUACAAGUUGACGAAAAUGUCUACAAGGAAUGUAAAUUUAACAAGACAGACAAUGCCGAAGUUGUUGCAACAAAAUUUAUCGGAGCAAAUGGACUCAAGGGUCUCAUCAAGGAAGCAUUGAAAAAGUCUAUUAAUGAGAUGAUUGAAUCAAAUGAGACCACAAGAGUGGUUGAUGUAAUGGAUUUAGUCGAUUAA